CGCCGCGGCCGUGCUGAGGCGGCGGUGAGGGCGGGCCGGCCAGCCAGGAAGGAGGCGUGGGCAUGGAGGCUCCGGCGGAGCCCAGGGCCGGAGCCGCUGCCUAGGGCGCCCCGGGGCCUCUGUGGGGGCGCGCUCUGCGCGGGGCUCCGGGGGACCCGUGGGACCGGGCGGGACCCGGCGCCGUGCGGAUGGCCUCGCUCGCGCUCCUGCUCCUCCUGGUGGCCGCUGUGGCGUCCCAGGAGCGGGCCCAGACCACCGACUGGCGGGCCACCCUGAAGACCAUCAGGAACGGCGUCCACAAGAUAGACACGUACCUGAACGCCGCCCUGGACCUCCUGGGAGGCGAGGAUGGGCUGUGCCAGUACAAGUGCCGUGACGGAUCUAAGCCAUUCCCACGUUAUGGUUAUAAACCCUCCCCACCAAAUGGAUGUGGUUCUCCAUUGUUUGGUGUUCAUCUUAACAUUGGCAUCCCUUCCCUGACAAAGUGCUGCAACCAACAUGAUAGGUGCUACGAGACAUGUGGCAAAAGCAAGAACGACUGUGAUGAGGAGUUCCAGUAUUGCCUCUCCAAAAUUUGCCGAGACGUGCAGAAAACACUAGGACUAGCUCAGCAUGUUCAGGCAUGUGAAACAACAGUGGAGCUCUUGUUUGACAGUGUCAUACACUUGGGCUGUAAACCAUACCUGGACAGCCAGCGAGCUGCAUGCACAUGUCGCUAUGAAGAAAAAACCGACCUUUGAAGAAGAUACUGACAGCUGGUGACAGAUGAGGAUGGAAGAGAUAACCUUGAGCAAAGAAGCAGUGUUCAUACGGCAUGAAGAUGUCUUUUUUGUAUGUGAAAGGAUUAAGACUUUACAGGACUUCAGCCAGAUCCGAAUGCCUUAAGGGCUGAUUCUGAGGACUUUAUAUUUUGAUGUUAAUGCAUCAAGUGAAAAAAAAUGGGGUUGUGAAGAGGGCAUGCCUGCCUUCCCAGGUAUUGUCCUGGUCAUUGUUGCCUUUGUGUGCCAGAUGCCUUGGUCAGUCUCAAAAACAGGUGUAUGUUAAGGAGAAAAUUUCUGGAAAGAAGAGUAUAUAACAAUUUUUGCAACCACAUUUACAAAAAAAUAGAACAAAUUUAAAAUCCA